AUGACUAAUUGCCUGGGUUCAACCUUCUUCAUCCACCUCAUUGGCUUGUUCUUACCAACAGCCGCAAAGGCCGGAAUUGGCGUCUGUGCCGGAGUCGGUGCACUCCUCACUUCGGUCUUUCUCUUCUUAUGGAUCUCACGCCUUCGCAAAACAAAAGCCAACGUGGCUAACUUGAAUCGUGCACCUGGGGUCGGUCUUCCACACUACUGCAACACCGGCGAACUGCGAGGAGGAUUUCCCCCACCGACCAUCAGUAUGAAGCAAACACAUGGGCCACCCAUGGAAUUGGAUAACGGGGAAUACUCUAAGGACCCCGGCAAGGAUCUGCCAGAACUCCAGGGUUGA